AUGGUCAUGAAAAUUUAAGAUCCAUUCAUUACCUAUGUCGGAUUAACUCCUAAAUUAAUUGCUAGUGUAACUUCAAGUUCUGGAGUUUAAACAUGGGCAAGAACAAUAAGUAGCAAAUAUACCUAAGCCCAUUCAUUAGGAUUCUCUUUCUUAGGGACUAGAAUACUCAUAACUUUAUCAGAUGACACUUUUACAUAAACUGGCUUUUUUAUGACAGACUUAGAUGGAAUUAAUAUUUGGAGGUAUUCAUUUAAUUCAUUAAUAGGUAAAUUUGCCCCUUUUGGUGUAGGAGUUGAUAGAAGGUAAUAAGUGUUUAUUGCAUUCACAAAUAAUAAUAACUUAAUGUCAAUGCUUAGAAUCGAUCUAUCACAAUUCUACUCAAAUGCAAAUUUUGUUCCUACCUAAUAUAUUUCUUACGAAUAAGGAUUUGAAAGCGCUUAAGGACUAUUAGUGUAGCAAUAUUAUGACAAGCAAUUAAUAUUAGGAAAUAAAUAAGACUCUAAUACUGUCUAUUAGAUUGACUUUACAACUGGAAAGUUUGAAUGGGUUAUGACAAUUUAUUAACCUAAUCUAGUGCUUAAAUCUUUGAAUCUAAAGAAUUUUACUGAUGGAUCUAGAUCAAUUAUAAGUUGUGGAGGGGACACAUCAGCUGUUUAUAUACUAAGAAUAAAUGAAAGCUCCUCGUCAUCAAAAUCAAAUAUAUUGUAUUCCCCUGAAUUCUAUCAAUUGCCAAGUAGCUAUACAGAAUGCCUUGCCGUUUACCCUGAUUCGAACCCUCUAUAAAUUCAUUUUAUACUUUAAAAUACUUAGAUCAACCCAAUAUCAAUAGGGAAGGCUUUUGUACUCGGCAACAGUACUCUCUAUUUCAGUAAAACUAAUUAAUUUGGGUUUCUAACUAGAUUUAAUCCAUCAUCAAAUACAGAUAUUUUUCCAUUGCAAUAGUAGCCAUAAACUAUCUCAGUGACUUUAACUAAAAUAUAGAUUAGUAAAGCCAUCAUAGCACCUACUUCUACAUUGACUUAAACAACUACUGUUUAUUUUGAGACAGACUUAACUUCGAAGGUCUUGAAUAAAAACUUUAUGUAAAGUAUAAACACUACAAGCAUUGGUACAAUAAGCUUAACUGUAUAAAAUUAAACUAUAUAUUAAAAUGAGUCUAGCAAAACAUUUAAGUUGAUCCCAUCUAUUGUAUCAACAUGUUCUGAUCUUGGAUAUUACUUUGAAGUGAAAUUAUAAGACGGCAGCUCUAUUCCAGAUUCUAUCUAUAUUGUUAAUGACAAUCUUACUUUCAAUACUAGCUAGAUGAGUCUUCCUAGUACCUAUAACCUUCAAAUUAAGAUGCUAACUAAUACUUUAUUUCAAUUAACUACCUAUAUGACUUUCAAGUACAUUCAUGAAUGUUCAAUAGCAACAGUCACAAGUUUUAAUGAUCAGACAUUCCUUUAUACUCUAGGUUCUUCAAAUUCUAUUCUAUUUCUGACUACAGCCUCAAUUUCUAAUUCAUUAUGUACCAUAAAUUAUGUUGAUGUUUGGGAUUCCAAUAAUUUAGUUAAGUCAAAUAUUACUUUUGAUUCUACUUCUAGGAAAAUAUCAAUUGCUCAAAUAAACAUACUUGGCAGCUAUUAAUUCUAAGUCAAUGCAAGUGUUAAUGGCUACCCUUAUCAAUAAUUUCUAGUAAAAACAAUGACAAUAGUAGUUUAAAGUUCAUGUAACUUAGCUACUGGUAAUUACCAAUCAUUCCCAAUAGAUGCAAUACAAGAUUAUAUCAUAAACAUAGACUAAGAAAUCCUUGUUUCUACACUUGGCUGGACCUUUUCUGAUAAAAUAAUCAACUCUUCUUAAAUGCAAUUUAUUAGAACCAAACUCUCAACGAAAUAAUAAUAGUCCAAGGUUACAUACCAACAGAUAGCAAUUUCAUCUAAUAAGCGUUCAGCUUAGAAAUAAAAUAUUGCGAUACGAGUCAAUUAGAGUUUCAUAAAUACAUAUAAUGAUUUUGAGGACUACUUGACGUAUUUUCCAUCAACGAAGACUUUAUAGUUUAAAUCAAGUAAUAAUUAAUUAGAGGGAUCUUUUCUCAUGGUCAUAGAAUACCAAGAUUAAUGUGGGACUCUUAAUUAGCUAUAUCAAGUUUCGUUUACCCCUUAUAGUUCAUUGGAGAGUAAUGUUACUCAAAUAAAUGGGGAAUUGUAACUAGAAGGUAUCGAUUUUAGCAUUGAUAGGGAGUAACUAAAUGUGUAAAUCACUAAUUUUGAUGCUUUACUGUCAAAUGAAUACAUUUUUAAUGUAACUGUAUCACAGUCAGUUAACGAGAGUUAUGUCCAAUCAAUGGCAUUCAAGAUAAAAAUAGAAACUGAUUGUAGUUUAAACUAGAUUUUAGGAAUGAAUUAAACUUAUGAAUUGACUUAUGCAUUCAAAUCUCCUGCAAUUAAUCUUGGAGAUCAAUUUCUCACACUCUAUGAUGGAAGUUGUAAUAAUUUAGAAAUUUCUAACUAUACAAUUGAUUCAACUUGCAAUAUUUAAAAUUUCACAUUCUUGAAUGACCUCAUAUCUUUGAACUAAUCAAGUCAUAAUUUAACAAUAUUUGGAGAAGGACCAGUUAUAGAUUCAUGCUAUUUAACCUAUGUACUAAUUGGAUCAGUGGGAAACUCUGGAUUGACAAAUACCUACAUUUUAAAUCUGAUUAAUUGUGAGAGCAUUUCAAUAUCAAAAUCAGAAACUCUAACUAUAGAGUACGAUAUUGGAAUGCUUUAAGCGUUUAGUUAUGUAUUUUCUUGGACGUUUCCUUAAUAAUGUGGUCAAAUUUCAUAUCAGAUUGAAUAUUUCUCAGAAUAAAAAAAUGUUGAAGAUAUCUAAUACAUAAUAGUAAAUGACACAGGCUUGUAUAUUAAUAUAACUGAUAAUAGCAAUAUUGGCUAAUUCUAGUUUCAAGUAAAAAGGGUGUUUGCUGCUAUAUACGCGCCAACCCUAAUUAGAUACCUUAAAAUUGCUCUAAUCCAAGUUACUAAUUAAGAUUAAAUGACACAACUGAUUUUACAGGGUAUCUUAUUGUUAGCAAUACUUCAUUAAAUUUAAGUUAUUCCCAAGCAAUGA